AUGGAGUGGAAGAAAAGCUUUCAAGAGUCGUUAUCACAUAAGUUAUCUCGACAAUUUCUGGAAAAGAAGCAUCCGGCCCCCAGCUCUACAGGUGGCCGAAAGAAGAAAUCUACCGCCAAGACACCGGCUCCGGUAAAAGACAAGUCCGGAAGCAAGAAGGGUAAGGAACCGAUAGUAUUCACGGAACCUCCCUCGCAAACAAGAGAUGAGGAAGAAUCGGCUUCCACGUCUGACCGAACCGGCUCGCAGAAAACCGAUGAAAAUCCUUCUGAUAGAGAAGGACCAUUUGAAGAAGAUCAAUCAGCUACAAGUCUUGACAAUACGGGUACAGCCGCAAGCCUUGAAAACACCGAGGCUGGUGCAGACGGCCGUGAGGAGGAAGAGACUCCCUUUGACAAUGACCAAAAGAUAGCCGCGAACAUUGUACGAAAAAUCUUGGAGGAAAUCGAACUUCGAGUUCAAGCGGCUGCCGCAAUAUACCGGGAAUGGCACGAAAGGCUGAAGGAGAUAGAGGAAAACGUUAUAAGCCUCACAAGCGCCAAGGAUCCUAACGAAGCCAUGGACCGACACACAAUCGUAAAACCGCGUACUCGGCUACAAAAGUUAACCGUACACAUACGAAAGCUUACAGAAAGGUAUGUUGCGGGAACACCGAAGGCUAAGUUACAACUCCUGGUGUUGGAUAUGCUUGAAGUCAAGAAAGGAGAAGUCAUUGACGAAAUAGAUCGGCUUGACGCGGUGCACAGACAGCGAGAAACAGCGCAUUCUCCGCGUCCUGAGACCAAUGACGGUCAGAAUCGAGGUGCAACGCCUCCUCUAGCGGAUCCGGUCAUAAACGAAACCGACGAAAGGACAGAGACUCCUUUCACCGGGCCAUUUGAAACGGAUCAACCGGGGGAUUCAGAACCGAUUGUCAUAGAAGAAAGAGUAAAGACUCUUAUCCAAGAGUUUACCAACUCAAAGGUUCGACCGUGGAAGAGGAAAAUCAAGAAAGUCGCGCGCCAAACAAUCCUGUUAGCCGAAAAGACGAGGGAUGAUCUUGUAAAGGCAGAGGCCCGGAUCACAGACAUCGAAGCCGACUACCGGGACGACACGGUGCUGCACAAUGAUCAUCUUAAGCGAACCGAGGACUUGGAAGAUAAGACCUCAAGGAUGGUGGAUGACAUAGGUCGGUUUGAAAGGGAAACCGAGAAACAGAUCACAAAGGUCGAUGAAGACCUGGGGCGGUCAAGCAACGAAGCCGCUUCCACACUCAACAGAGUCAUCAGCCUCGAGGAAAAGAAUGCAAGCCUUGAGGACCGGAAUACCCAACUCGAAGCCGACCUCAAGGCGCUCACCGAUCAGAUAAAUGAAUUAAUUAAGGCCAAGAUUAAUGCUGAUACAUCGGUUGAGGAGGAGGCACCGCGAUUGUCUGAAGAGGAAAUAGCCGUGCGCGAACGAAACACAGCGGCUAAAUAUCCGGGACUUGCGAAGUCCAUGGCAGCUCAAGCGGCCAAAGAUGCAGAGCGGUUAAACGCACAAAAACAAGGGCUCGAAGAAUAUGCCAGGGCUCACAAGAAGACCAAGGCGGCUUCUUCCUCUUCGGUUCCAGCAAAACGGAAAAGGAAAUCAUCAUCAAGGAAGGUUCAGGUAGCCGGGAUGCUGGAAAGGAUUACCGAAACGGUUAUUGAAACUCAACCGAACCCAGCUAUGCACACCGAGGAUGAAGAAGAAGCGAAUCUCGAGCCGCGGUCUACAAGACAACGAGUUCUCAAUACGGUUCUAAUCAGCACGGUCGGUCACCCGCAAGCUGAAGGUUCAUCUUCAAGACCGGAUCAACCGGAUGAGGAAGAACCGACCGAUGCUAUGAUGAAAGACUUCAUAUUUUCCGAAUCAGAAUAG